AUGCCUGUGAAGCCCGCAGGGCGUGGCUCGGGCAAAGCGCCCCGUCGCCCUGGACUGCACGCGACCGACAACCGCUCGUCCUCGUUCAGAGCCAAGAACCAUGAGGUCGACGAGCAGGACCGUCGUCCCCAUCACGACCGCCGCCCAGAUCACAAGAACUAUAGUAGUAAUACGUCGUCGCUCCAGUCCAGGCCACGACGGCAGUUCGAGCAUCGCGCCGGAUUGGACGGAUCAGCGGCUUCGUUGCCCAAUUUGGGACGGUCGUCUGAGAGCGUCAGAGGGCAAACGUCGUCGUCGUCGUCGUCGUCGUCGUCGUCGGGUGGCAACUCGUCAUUCUCCAGCAGGAAGACGCCUGCUUACGAUCGCCCUACUCGGAAGGGUGAGUUUGACAGCGCCUCGUUUGAGCGAAAAUUGGGAGCAAUGCGCGUCGACGAUCGUUGGCGAACCAGCUCACCUCCACUCAAUGGCGAUGGUGCAACACCUUCACGCGAUGGACCUGUUCGGGCCUCUCGCCGCGAGCGCGUCGAUCGGAACGUCCAGCAGUUUAUCAGCGGGAAGGGAGCAUUUGCAGAACGCAUCAAGGCGGCGCAGGAGGCCGAUCCAGAGUUUGCCGAAACCAUCGAGUCGGAGCAGCGCGCCUUCAAGGCUCGAGCGCAUGCAUUGCGUCGACGGGAGCUAUUCCGCGAGCAAGGUGUUGGGCCUUGGGCGCCCCAAAAGAAGCUUUCGUACAUGCAAAUGCAAGAGAUGCGCGAGUUGUUCGCUGAGGAUGCCGCGGUUUAUAACGUAUACAAGCUUUCCAACAUGUUCCAUGUGAGUCAAGAAGCGGUGCGCCGAAUCAUUCACAGCAAGUUUCAGCCAAGCGCUGCCAAAUUCGCCAAGCGCGAUCAAUCCAUCGCUGCUGAGCGAGCCAAAGCUGAAAAAACACUGCUCAGCCCUAGUCAGUUGAGCAAGCUCAAGGGGCCGUCCGCUCCUCGUCGUCAGGAUGAACCGGACACAACGCAGUGA